GACCCGCACGCGACAAAUUAAUAAUUUCAAUGACGAGUGUGCCGAAAUAAUUAUGAGUUCGUUACUACGUCAUAUAAUUUCUUUGCUUUAAGUUAGUGAGUGAGGGGUUUGUCACUAAACAACGUUUCGUCAAAAUUUAGGCGAUGAGUAGUGAAAUACAGUGCAAAAGCUCUACAAUUGUAACAAAAUCGGAUCGAGCUCAUAUUUCUGUAACAGUCGAUAAGACACGUAAAAGAACUAAAUGUGGCGUAAAGGAAUUAAUUGCACUACGUACGCUGCCACCUCCGGCAGUCGCUCGUAGAAACGCGCGGGAACGUAAUCGCGUUAAGCAAGUAAACAACGGAUUCGCUAAUUUAAGACAGCACAUUCCAAAUCAUAUUGCAGCUGCUUUCGAAUCGAAUUCCGGCAAAACCGGAAACAAAAAGCUAAGCAAAGUUGAGACUCUACGAAUGGCGGUCGAGUAUAUCAGAAGUUUGGAAAAACUGCUCUCUGCCGGUGAUCAUUUGCCCCGGGAUUUGGCCACAUCCGUCACAUACCCCUCAUCCACGUCAUCCUUAGAUGGUAUGAGUUACUCCAACUCUCUUGCCUCCCCUUCGAGUGAGGACGACAACUUAUCGAACUCCACACCGACACCACCGCCUCUUCAAUACAUUAGAAUUAUUGGAUCAGAUACCUACCACAUCCUUCCGGCGCACCUACUCGAUACAGACCGAUUGAAGUUGCUCAAACUGGACGACGCCCUUUUAACGAACACCUGUUUCAUCAACGACGAAUUCAAAAAAGUCUCCACCGCCACGGAAAUCGCACCUGAAAUGUACGGCGGCGAUAAUUCGCUUUCGCCCGACGUCGACGCUUUCAUACCUGCUUUCAACAUGGAUGAGCUUUCGCAGCAGGAUAUUAAAGAAGAGAAGGAAUCGAUUAAAUCCAGCGAAGAAAUGCGGAUAUUGUGUCGAAAUUUGAUUAUGUUACAAGCUGACGCGGAUAGGAAAGCGAAAAACCAAACGUUAAACGUGAACCAAUUAAUGACUUGGUAGUAAAAGCGCCUAUUCAAAGGUAUAACCCGGUGAUAUCGAUGGAGAGAAGAAGAGAGCUACUGUUUCAUCUUGGUGCCUAUGGUGAGUUUUUUUCGAUGUUGUGCAUGGAGAUCUCGUAAACCGUAAGAGAUAUAACGUCGUUUAAAUGGACAAAGCAUUGCAGCAUUUUAUGUAGAUUAAGUUGCCCUUUCAGAGUUUCUUGUAAAGCUGCGUAUACAUUAUUGUUUAUGUUCAUGGCUCGUUCACUUUUGACAGAACGAGCACGAACAGUUCAUUGCGUAUUCGUUUUGUGCUCCGAUCGAUUCGGUCGCGUUAUAAACACGAAGAAGUACUAAAAGACGUCCCAACUGUGCGAGCGAAUCCCUUUGUGUUCGUCACAAAAACCGACUUUUGGUGGAGCUCGUUGCGAACCUGUUCGCUUCCUGCUCGGGGUACCGUCACUAAUUUGUUACAUCGUGUUACAGUACACGUUCGGUUCAGAUAAUGUAUAAGCAGCUUUACGGUUUACAAGAUCCCCAUACUAAACAUCGGAGAAAACUCACCCUGUAUAUAUGCUCAAGUAACUCAAGUGCCAGUCUUAUUGUUAAGUUAUGACCAUUUUGUAAUUUAUUAAAUAAAUAUAAUCAAACAUU